AUGGGUCGCAGCACAUCAACGAUGCGCAAAGUAUUUAUGUUGGAUUUUGGCUUAGCUAGGCAAUAUCUGAAUGCUAAAGGCGAAAUUCGAAGUCCACGAAGUGCUGCUGGUUUCCGAGGAACAGUACGUUAUGCGGCAGUUUCGGCACAUAAAAACAAGGUACGC